AUGGCGAUAAUUACAAGAAAGCUUCACUUUAUCAUCGAAAGGUUGAAGCACAAAUCGCCAAAACUGGCUCCAAGAGGAUGCUUUGCCGUAUAUGUGGGCGAAGAUGAGGUACGUUACGAGGUUCGUUUGGAAUUUUUGAAAUGCCAAAGUUUCCAAGAUUUGCUUCGAGAGGAGCUUGUUUCGGGGUGUGAUCGUGUCAAGCUACUUUGCUCGGAAGAGGAUUUCGAUGAGGUUCUCUAUCGGGCGAAGGCGGAGUGCAAAGAGGCCAAGCGUAUAUGGCGGAGGAAAAAGCAAUGGGAUUACUUUCAGAUCGGGCUAUGCCAACUUUCGAUGACGGCGGAUAAAGAGAGGAACAUUGCCCAUGCUAGUGACGCGAUUCGGGAGGCCGUGGACAAGGGCGCUCAGCUUGUUCUCUUGCCCGAAAUAUGGAACAGUCCCUAUUCAAAUGAUAGCUUCCCUGUUUAUGCUGAGGACAUUGAUGGAGGUUCAUCUCCUUCAACUGCUAUGUUAUCUGAAGCUGCUAAGGCCUUGAAGGUUACCAUAGUGGGCAGUUCAAUCCUAGAAAGAUGUGGUGAUCGAUUGUACAACGCUUGCUGUGUUUUUGGUUCCAUUGGAGUGCUGAAAGCCAAGCACCGCAAGACGUUGGACGUAUUGGUAUAGGCAUCUGUUAUGAUAUUCGGUUUCAGGAAUUGGCAAUGAUUUAUGCU